ACUGGUGUCCCUUUCAAUCGUGUUUGUAAAGUUUUUUCUUGAUUUCUCUUCGCUGCAAUCGAAACCUUCUUAAAAUCUAGGAUCUAAAAAGAGCAAAGCUAUAAUCCUGGUGGAAAUGGUGCAAUUUCUACGUCUUGAUCGAUAAAUUUCAAGAUCUGUUGAGGUUUUUUCGUCGUGAUCUUGUGACAUGCCACGAGCUGCAAUCCAACUGGCUGUUUUGAUCUUAGCCAUCCCAYUGCAAUAUUUUAUAUGUAAAUGGACGACUCCUUCGGCUGGAGAGAGAGAUGCUCUCAUGAGAAAAUUAACACAUUCACUAACCCUGUUCAGUAGUGGAGUACUAGAAUGGGAAAAAUGGAAGGAGUGGAUUUCUCAUUUCAUGUCAAAGUUUGACAGUGGAGGAGAAUGUCCAGCGUUGGAGGUUAUAAAACAGAGAAACCCAGAUGGUCAUUUUGGCGCCUCUGCAGAGCCACGCAGCCCAAGACCAUCMACAAUAAAGUUUCGAGUUGGACAAGUUAUAAGACACAAGAAGUGGAAUUAUAGAGGUGUAAUUGUGGGAUGGGAYGAAAAACUUAAGGCUCCUGAGUUUUGGAGAUCMUCCAAUCAUCCAGUGGAUAAACAGCAUUGGCAGCACAUGCCAAACUAUUCAAUCCUUGUUGAUACAAGAGACAGACCUGAGAGUCAGACCACAUAURUCCCUGAAGAAAAUCUAGAGAUUAUUACAAAUACUAAGAUUGUUCACGACGAAGUUGAAGAAUAUUUCACGGAAUUUGAUGGUGCRCAAUAUCUCCCAAAGCCUUGGUUAAGGAAAGUUUAUCCACACGAUUAGACAGCGUUAAUCUAUAGAUUUAUAAAACCGAAAUAAAUUUGUAAACAUAAAUGUAGCUUCCAACCCAGUAUGAACGACCGGCUGUUUACAGGACUCAAGUGAGCGAGUGAGUGAAGUUGUCCACUUUCAUAACGAACAAAGCUAUCGCCGCCAUGUUGGAUGAAUGAACAAAAGAAACUAAUGAGGAAUGCUUUGUGAUUUUCAUCCAACAUGGCUGUGAUGACAUAACUUGCAAGACAAGAAUAUCGUAGAAAAUGUUGGGUAUUAUCAUUUUGUAGCGCUAUCAGGAAUUUACAUUUUAGGAAGUAUUGAAGCUUUAGAUAACUAAUGCCAAUGAAGUUAUGAACCAAUGAAAAUACAUUGAUUUGAAUGAAAUUCUUUCUGUGUUGUUUGUA